AAAAGAAAGAUAUGUCGGGGGAUUCAGCUUCGGAUCCAGUGGGGAAGGUAGAGGCUGAGGAAAAGGUGGAGCCAGCGGGCGAGGCUGAUGCAGACUUGGAGGCGGAGUUGCCACUAGGAACUAGGAAGAUCGGCUUUCCUCCCAAAAGAUUGGGAUGAUCCGAAAUAUAAGGAACAUGCUGAUCUUUUCCUGGAACAAGUUGAAAAGUGCGAGGGGUUUUAUAUGGACUUGGAUAAAUUUGACUACAAAUUCGCUCCCGUCAAAUUUGAAUGGGGAUUAAAGUUCGAUGUCAAACUUAGCAACAAGGACUUAAUGGAUCUUCUCAUCAAGACGGCCAUCGAGGCAAAAAACGAAGAUUAUGGAACACAACUUGAGUUUGUCGAGUACGUGAGUGCCAAUGUAACAGCCGCCCAAGGUUUUUGUUUUUACAUAACAUUGUGGGCUAAAGAUCUCUCCUCGCCAAAUCCAGAGCCUAAACUUUACCAAACAUUAGUGCGCAAGUUCCGUGAUGAGUUGCACGUUCAUGAGUUCAAGCUAAAGCCAUCACAACAAGAAUGAUUUAGUAUAUCUUUCAUGAGGUGGGUGACUCCUACUCGAAGUGCCAAGACAAUUCCAUCUUGGACAUUUUUCUUCUUAAAUAAGUUUGUGUUCUGUCUUGUCAACAAGUAAACAGGUUCAGACUUUUUAUGUAUCUUGUCCUUGUAGUUUGAACGCUUCUGCUUAGCUUGUAUUAAAAACCACAAUCAUGAUCGAAAUGCGAGUGACUGAUGAAUGGUGG